CUUUUUAAACUGCGAUGCCAUUUACUUGAAUUAUAACUGGAUGAAAUCAAAAUUGAAAAACAGUUUGGCACUUGCAAAAAAUCACAGCAGAGAUAUUUAUGAUAUUUAUGUAGGACUUGAUAUUUGGGGAAGAGGUUGUCCUGGCGGUGGUGGAUUUAAUUCAUCAUAUGCUUUACAAAAAAUACGACACGAAGGACUUUCUGUUGCACUUUUUGGUCCAGGUUGGACUCACGAAUUUUUCGGAUCUAAGACAUUCCAAGAAGUAGAAGAUCUAUUUUGGGCACAGUUGUUUCCUUAUUUAUAUGUUCAUGUAUCUAUCUAUGAAGAAGAAGUAUUCAAAACAUCAUUUUGCCGUGGCAGUGGUAGCAUGUAUUAUCGCUGUGGUCAGGUAUGUCAAAUUUUGACAAACACAUUAUUUUUAACAAACUGAAUUUAUCAUAAAAGAUAUAACUUAGAAAACACGAAGUUGGCACCCUGCUGAGGGUAGCCACCCACAUGCUAUAUUUAUUUUUAUUUUAUUUUUUUUAU